AAUUUAAUUCUGACGUAGGUUAUCUGAAAGAUGUCCAUGUCAUCUGAAGAGGAAACUGAUAUUAGUGAGUCAGAGAUGGAAGAAUAUGCUGAUACAUGGUAUCAAAGAUUAAAGGAGGGCUAUGGGAAGGAAAAGAUUUUUGGUAAAGUUUACCUAUGUCCAUUCUGUUCUGGAAAAAAGAAACAGGCCUACAGUUUCCAGGAUCUUGUCCAACAUUCUUUAGGAGUGAGCAAAGGCUCACAACACAGGAAAGUAAACGAUAAAGCGAAGCAUUUAGGUCUUACGAAGUACUUGAAUAAUGAUCUGCUGAGUAAAGAUAAACUUCCAACGUCUGAUGAAAUGGAAACUGAUCAAUUACAGCCAACACAUGAUGGGAAUGAUGUUGAUGAGAAAUAUGCAUUUCCUUGGAUGGGAAUUGUAGCAAAUCUUCCCAUUGAGUUCGACGGUCGGCGUUACGUGGGAAAGAGUGGCUCAUUUCUCAGGGAUGAUUUGAAAAAGAAAGGGUUUAAUCCAGUGAGGGUACAUCCAUUGUGGAACUAUAAGGGUCAUUCAGGGAAAGCCGUGGUCGAAUUUGGAAAUGAGUGGAGUGAUUUUUCUAAUGCAAUUAAGUUUCAGAAGAGCUUUGAAUCACAACAUCAAGGGAAGAAGGACUAUUUAGUUUCACAAAAUAAGGAAGAUAAGUUAUAUGGUUGGGUUGCAAAGGCUGAUGAUUACAACUCAGAAGGUAUAAUUGGUGACUAUCUGCGAAAAACUGGAGAUCUAAAAUCCAUCUCAGAUAUUGAGGCAGAAGAGAAGCGCAAAACUGGUGCGCUUGUCUCUAAUCUGGUUAACACAGUCGAGGCCAAACGUAGGAGCCUCGAGGAGAUAGAGAGCAAAUGCAAUGAAACUUCCAUGUGCUUGAGCAACGUGAUGAUGCAAAGAGAUGCAACGAUCCAAGAAUAUAAUGAAGACCUACAAAGGAUGGAAAAGAAUGCCCGUGAUCAACUUGAAAAGGUGUUGAAGGAUCAUGAGAAAAGUAAAUUGUAUUUAGAAGAACAAAGCAAAGAACUUGAAUUGCGUGAAAAGGAGUUGGUGGAAAGGGAGGCCCUCAAUGAUAAUCAGAGACAAGAGCUUCAUUUGUUGAAGCAAAUGAAUGAGAGAGCAGCAAUGGAGCAAAAAAGGGUUGAUGAGAGCGUCUUACGCUUGGCAGAAGAACAGAAGAAGGUGAAAGAAACUCUCCGUCAGCAAAACAUGGAGCUGCAAAAGAAACUUGACUUAAAGCAAGCGCUAGAAUUGGAGAUAGAACGUCUCACAGGGGCUAUGCAAGUAACGAAACACAUGGGAGAAGGCCAAGAUGGGAAGAAAAAAUUAGAAGAGAUUGAAGAGAGCCUACAUGAGAAAAAGGAAGAACUAGAAGAUCUUGAAGCUCUGAAUCAAGCUCUAGUUGUUAAAGAACAAAAGGCAAAUGUUGAGUUAAAAGAUGCCAAGAAGGAGUUGAUCGAUGGAAUGAUGCAGUACUCUUCUCGGGCUUUAAUCGGUGUCAAGAGAAUGGGAGAGCUUGAUAUUAAAAAAUUUCAGGAGAUAACCAAGAAAAAAUUCCUUGGAAAAGAUGCAGAUUUUCAAGCUGCUCAGUUGUGCUCAAUCUGGGAGCAUCAUCUUAAGGAUUCCAAUUGGUAUCCCUUUAAAGAUGUAACCAGUGAAAAUGGUUCCAAGGAAAUCAUCUUUGAUGAUAACGACGAAAGGCUGAACAGAUUGAAGAACGAGUUUGGAGAAGCGGCUUAUGAAUUGGUAACUACUGCUUUGAUGGAGAUGAAUGAAAAUCCCAGUAAUGGGAGAUGCAUAACAACAGAAUUGUGGAACUAUAAACUAGGAAGGAAAGCUACCCUCAAUGAAGGAAUAACAUAUGCUCUCCAGAAGUUGAAGGCCAGUAAAGCAAAGAAGCGUUGACUUUCAUGGUUAUGUUUAACAUUUUGAAUUGCAUAUUACACCUUUCCAAUAAUUAGAAUCUGUUAUAGAAAACCAGUCUAUUGAAACAAAGAAGCAUAUGUUUUACCUUUUAUCUAUGGUGGUAUUUUGUCAUGACAAAAGACGUUGAACCAUUUGAAGUAGGCUCUUCCUCCUAACAGUGCUGCCAUGGAAUCAGAGGAAUCAGAGUAGUAUUAUAUAUACUUCAAAUAUUGAAUGGCAUCUGUUUACCAUUUUGAAUGAAAUAUUAUACCAUGCUUUAGUAUCUUGUUUUAGAAAAUGAUUCUGUUGAGACAAAGAAGCAAGUGUUUAUAGGGUCAAGCUCAGAACAGCUAAUCUUUUAUAUUUUCUUUAUGAUAACAUAUGUCUUAACAUAUGAAAUUGAAACAUGUAAAUGUAGACUCCUCGGUAGUCCUUCCAGUAUCAAUAGUACAUCGAAGUAAUAAAUUUUGCACUCAUUGGUUUAAUUAAAACACCAGGUGCGAGCAGGUUUUUUCUAUCGAAGUGUGCUUGACUGGCAAAGUCCAAGGAUGAAAGUAAGACUAGAAUUGGCAUCAAAAGCCCCAUCAAGGCCAUUCCCGAUAUAGUCCGUGCCUCACGAAUGAUUGGUGCCAUUGGAGAGCUUUUUCUUCCAACUUGCAAGACGCCAAUUUCACCUUGGAACCUUCAGGUGUUUCAUGAACAUCUAAGAACUGUUCGCAUUCAUACAACCAAUCUUUCAAGCCAUUCCUGUCGAAUAGUGGAAAUUCUAAACCGUACCCACGAGUAGGUAACUGAUAAUUCUCGUUGCUGAACAUUUUCACCCACUGGAACGCCAUUCUCCUCAGGAGCUGCAACUUGAGUCGCAACGGUUCUCAAACUGCCUAGCAACAUAUCCUCCAUGGGCUGCACCACUUUAGUAUUAACCACACCAUCCAUUGAAUUCUUAAGAGUGUCCACUUGUUUACGUAACUCUUAGUAUGUUAUGAUCUCUCA